AUGCAGUUCUCUACCAUCCUCGUUGCCGCUGUUGCCUGCGCCACUGGUGCUGUUGCCAACCUCCACACCGCUGCCUGGUGUAUCUCUUCGGGCCUUAAGGACUCUGACCCCAAGAACGUCGCCGCCACCGAGGCUGCCUGCGGUGCCUACAAGGAGCGCCACACCGGCAACGACGUCUGGGACACUUGCCCCGACUGCUACCUCGGUGUCAAGGACGACGACGCCCAGGUCGCCACCUGCAACUCCCCCGCCAAGCACAUUGGCGGUGACGAGUGGGAGGAGUACUGCAUCCAGUACGGUGCCGUCAACGGCGCUGCCAACUAA